UGAUAUAUCCGAUGAGACCAAAAAUAUGAUGAUGAGCAUUAUGGGCACAGUAUGUGAUACCAGUGCUCCACUAUCGGCCGACAAACAGCAAUUGCUCAGCGAUUGUGAAUCAGACGUACCCCGAGUGUUUAAGUUUGUUUAUCACCGAUGCAUUAAACACACAAUGGAUGUGUCCGAGAUUGAUCAGCCGUUCCCAUGUUACAAGCUUAUGCCGGGUAAUGAUAAGUUGAAGGAGUGUAUGGAUAAGUGGGCGCGAAGGGCCUCUUGGGUUGGCAUAGAUGUGCCGGCUCUCAGGGCUCGUGUUAUAACUAAUUAUGCCGCUUCUUAA